CGGCAAAUUUCCAAGCCGCACAAGUUGUGUUUGUCUGUGGUCCUAAUGUUUGCCAUCCGGGUGAAUCAACAACGCACAGGUUUUUCCUUUGAGGCUUCCGGAUAAAUUAUUGAUUAUCUGGAUACAGACACCUUAGUUUCGUACAUUGGUUUUUCGUAAAUGCUGAAAUGGGACUCGAAAAAUGGCAAGGUUGAGCGAAAUAUGUCUAUAGAGAUCGCCGGUACGUCAUUCGAAGAAAACUUCGAAGAAUUGAAAAAUCGCCUUCAGGUAAAUUUAGCAAUUAAGAUCCCGCCAAAUGUAUUUUCCAUUUAUUUCAGUUUUAGAAUCAGACAUUAAUUUCUGUCGCGUUUUCCUACUACGUGACUGUUAUAGAACACAGUCUGACUUGUGCAAAACCCGUGAGUUUCAGGAUCUUAGCCGGUUAUAAAUUUCACGAAAUGAAUUACCUUGUCAAAUUUUUUUGGGAUUUUUUCGAAAGCCUAGAAACGAAAUCGAGACGUCACAUGAAGUGUUAUUUAGUUUAAUAUAUUUUGCAACUUAUUUUUUUUUAAUUUCAGCCACUCUUUGAUGCAGAACCACUUAAGGUAUGUAUUUUUUUUCGAUCAGCUUAAUGUUUGGUGCGAAAUUCUGUGGCGCCUCUUCUUUUGAGGAGGCUACGUAUACUUUCCUUCUGUAAUUAAAGUAAUUUACAUCUGUCAAACUAAGAAAGGUUUGUAUUUAGCGAUGAAAAUCCAAUUUCUUUGUAUUUUGAAAAUUAGAGAAUGGUUUUUACAGGUAAAUAAAAAAUUGUUUAGAAUAUGUACUAAAGCAAACAUACGCAAGUUGUGGAUACGUCUUAAGUAAUUUGUUGUGUUGUUUGGUGUUACUUUAAAAACGUCUUUCCUUCUUUCAUUUUUUAAAGUCAAAAUUGCAGAGAAAAUAUUGUUAAUUAUUUUCCUAACAUAAAAUGGAAAAAAUAAUGAAACAGAAACAAAGUUUCUUCUGAUUCUGACUGCGUGUAGAAACUGUUGGAAAAGCUAUAAUUAUUACUCAACUCUUCUUACAUUCUGAGAUUGACACAAAAUUUUCCUUUUUGCUGGAGUGCUUUCUAGAAUUUCAUUUCAUCAUUUCUAAAAAUAGGUUGGAAUUUAUAUAUGGCAUAAUUUAUGCUUCUAGUUAACAUGAAGAUGACUAUUGAGGAAUUAAUAAAUAAAUGAAUAAUAGAUAAAUUAAUUUAGUGGCCUGCAUCUCCUGUCAGGACAGCCAUCUUACCCUUGGUUGUUAUUUGAAGCUGGUGCUUAGCAAAUUGGAAUUUGAUUUUCUAUGAACUGAUCCAAAUGUCCAUUUUAAGGUUAAAGAAGGUUCUCAAAUAUGUUGCAAAAUUCUAGAAAUCACUUCUCAAAAUUUUUAAAUGUUCAAAUUUUUCAGGUCUUUGGGGGACUGUUUCUGAAGUGCUCUAGAAGGGUGGUAAUUUAAUAAAUUCCCCUCCUCAGUUCAGAUCAUGUAUCUAUUAUGUUUUCUAGUGAAAACCUUGUCAUACAAGGAACACUUUUUUAUGUGAUUUCUAUUUCAGGCUCAGACAGAUUCUUGCCUGAGACGCUUUUUGAGGGGAUUUGAUGAUGUAGAUGAAGCAUACACUGCCUUGAUUAAGUACAUAAACUGGAGAGAAGAAUAUGGAGUCAACUGUUUAAGCAGAGGGGAUGAUGAUAUUGAAGAACAAAUUGCUUUGGAUAAGGCUGAAGUGUUAGAAUUUCCAGAUCACAGAGGAAGGUGAGUUCUGAUACUUUUAUUUGUCAGGAGUUGUAUAUUUAUUUAAGGUUAGUUUUACUGCUAUUUUUUUGUGCUAGUUAUGUUUGUUUCCUGAAACAGACAUUAUCUCCUCAAACAACCUUCCACCAUUUCCUGUCUUCUUUGUCCCUGGCACCCACCCCUCCUCCUUUAUCAUACCAAAGAAACCCCUUACCCCUCCCCCUCUAUAGACUCGCCAAGAGUCAGUUAUAACCCACUCUAACAUUAGAUCAGUUUUUCCUACCUUUUACAAAUAGCUAUGCUGUGAUCAACAUUAAGUUUUAGAGUAGGGUGUUUAUUUGAAAUAAGCAUUGUUUGAUCAUUGAAUUCAGUCAACAUAUUUUGAUAUCUGUAGGCCUAUCAUUCUUGUGACAGUAAGGAAUCAUGAUGCAAGAACCAGAGAUUUAAAUGUCAUCACCAAGUUCAUUAUUUACAUUUUGGUAUGUGAUCCUAGUUAUCAACUGGCCACAACUUGCUCAUGACAAUGGUUGUGGUUGUUCACCAUAAGCAGGGUAAUCAAUACAAUUUUAACUCUUUACACCUCAACAUCAGUAUGUAUAUUCUCCAUACUGUUCACUAUACAUUUCCUUAGGUGUUGACAAAGAGAAUUUUUUUAUAAGAACAACCAAGAGUCUCUUUAAUUGGUGAUCAUUCUCCUUAUUCUCAUGACCUUGAGGUUUGAUUCAGGGUUGGUAUUGUAAAGAGAAGUUAGAUGUUAGUCACUCUUUGGGGUUUAGGGGUUGAGAUAUAUGACUGAACAAGUAAAAAGCAUUCAAUACAGAUCACCUGACUGAAUUGUUUCCUUAUGUCUAAAGGAGGAGGCAACAAGAAGAUGUGACGAAGAUGUGAUUGACAACCUUUGCAUCACCUUUGAUUUAAAGGUAAGUUGAUCAUGUUAUCAUUUAAAACCAGCAGUACACAGAAUUAAUUGGUUACUUACAUGUAGGUUACUAAUAAGCCAGCUACUUUUUAAAUUAAACUGAAUUAUUAGUUUUAUUUAAUAUUACUGACUCUGUUUGACUUUAAAAUUCAGGAAGUAGAAAAACCAACUAUGCUAAUCUUUACCAUAGUCUAUAUUAAAGUUCACAUGGCAACCAGGUGGACAAUCAGACAUGGUUUGAUGCUACUCUGGUUUACAGAUUUAAUGAAUGUAACCAAAGAAGCUACAAUUCAUAGACCCAACAUUUCAACACUCCUAGACCCAGGAAAGGAGUGUUGAAAUGUUGGGUCUAUGAAUUGUAGCUUCUUUGGUUACUUUCAUUAAAUCUGUAAAGCAUGAGUAGCAUCAAACCAUGUCUGCUUUACCAUAGUCAUUAGCCCUUAUCACAUUUUAAGUAAAGUGAAUGCUGCUUUGUUUGAUCCAUAGGGUUUCACAUUUAGCAACAUGGACUAUGGAUUUGUAAAGCAGCUCAUUUGGCUUCUGUCCAGACGAUAUCCUGAAAGACUUGGAAAGUGCUUGAUUGUAAAUUCACCAUUUAUUUUCACUGGAUGUUGGGCACUUAUCAGACUGUGGUUAGUUUCAUUGAAAUUUAGAACCAACUAUAACACUUGAGGAGGGGAUUGCCCCAGAAGAUCCAAGAUUGAAAAAAACCUGGACAGGUGUCUGUUUUGAAUAUAAUUAUUCAUUACUGAUAUUUGCUUCUAUAUUCACUUCAUUAGGUUACAUGAGGUGACAUCAAACAAGAUUGUUUUUAUCAAGAAUGAAGAACAACUUGCAGAAUUCAUACCUCUUCAUGCUUUACCAAAAUCACUUUUUUGAAAUAGUUUGUUGAGGUAACAGCCUGCCUGAGUACCUUCAAGACCUGAUUGCUAGCCAACAAAUUGUUUUUGUGUUUGUUAUAAAUGUCUUAAGAAGCUAAAAGUACAGCUUUUUUAUUUAUGUUUAAGAUAAAUGUUGAUAUUUAAAGAAGUAUUAAUCUCACAUAAAGUUAAUUUUUAGCUAAUGUGAAACUUAGUAAGAAUGGCAUGUAACUUAUUUCAGGAAUUAUUCUAAAAAGUGCAACAAUUUUGAUAGAUUAGUAAACAACAUUCUGUAGUAACACUUCACUAACAAGUUUAGGUAUUCUGAUCUACAAUAUUAUACUAUUUGAUAGUUGAUAUGGAAAUUCAUGUGUAGUAUGCCAAGAUUAAUUUAAAAAAGUUGCUUAAUAAGUUACAAUCCAAAAACAACUACAAUGAUCAUUCUAACAAAUAUAAAUUGCAGUUGUUUUAACUUGUUUAGUUUAUGUUAGCUGAAAUAUUUUGUCUCAUUUGCCAUGUGAAAGUUGUAAUCAAAAUCAUGAGCUUCUUUCUUCUGCGAAGAACAAAAUGUUGUCAAAUUAGGCAAAAUUCUAGUACAUAUUUGACAGCUCAUAUUUACAAAUGUAAGAGGUGAUUUAGCACUUCUUUCAAAGUUAAUUUAGAAUUUUCACUUCUUUCAAAGUUGAUUCAGAACUUUUAUUUCUCUCAAAAAUGGAAAUAAUAAUGGGGAAUUGUCACAAUUAAUGGUAAUAAAACUAAUUGUCUUUAAGUUUAACUUUGUGUAGUUUUCCUCAAUCAAGGAAAAAAAAUUAGCUUGGUUUUGAAAACUUUUCUCACAUCUGGUGUAGGUUACAUGAGUUCAGGUUAGAGAUGUCAAUAGAAAGUCCUAGACAAAAAAUGCACAGGGAUUCUGAAAGUUUAUUAUCUUUUUUGGUUACAGUAACUGAAAUGCCUCAAAGGUAAACAAGGGAAUUUAAGAUUAAUGAUAUCAAAGAGAUAAACAGUUCCACAUUGCAUGAAACUCAGCUGAUGUCAGGAGGCCAUUCAAACUCUUUUAACCCCAGAGUGACUGGCAUCUACUUUCUCCUUACAAUAUCAUCCCUGAUUGAAACCUCAAUCCUUUAACUCCCACAAGUGACCAAGACUGAAUUUCUCCUCAUGAUAUCAAUACAAUAUCAAGCAGACAAGUAAUGAGAAUAAAGAAAAAUAUAAAUUAAGGGAAUAUAAGUUAAUCCAAUACCAAAUUCUCCACACAAACAUCACAAGAACUGUAUGGCAGACAGUAAGGAGAAUUACUAAUGAGAUCUUGGGAGUUGUAGGGUUAAGGUCUAGUGAAAGAAGGAAAUGAUCACCAACUAAAGAAGGCUCUUGAUUGUUACACAAAUUCUCAUUCUCAAACCUUAGGAAAUGUAAAGAGAACUGUAUGGAGAGUAUGGUGUAUUUAGGACACACUUUAGUAGCCUGGCCAUUGUGGCACAGUGGGUGUUGCGAUGUUAAAGUAAAUGUAUUAUCACUGCUCAUUACCCCACAACAUUACAGACUGGUUUUUGCAGAGACUGUUUGACUGUACUUCAAAGAAACCAUAGAAUUGCUAUCCUACCAGGUUUACUCUAAUAUGAAACUGCAGCACAGGAAU